UGUUCAAAAAUUGAAUAAUUCGGUUUCUUGCCGAAUUCUAAUGCAUUUUUGAGGCGAUUGUGAAAAUCAGCUGACUUGUGUCACAAUUGUCAAGUGUCAUGUGUGGCCCAAAUUCUAAAAAACUUUUGGAAUGAUUUUAAAAAUAUUUUUAGAAUGUCUCGUGGCACACUUGGCAUAUUCCCUCUCCCAGAGCCCGAUUCUAAUCGUUGUGUCGUAUGACGCCUUCAGGUAUGACUUUUUCGACACAAAAUCUGUGCCCCAUAUGAACAGAUUGCGAAAAUUGGGGACCUACUCUGACUAUUUGAUUAACGUAUUCCCGACCAAAACGUUCCCAAAUCACCAUUCAAUCGCCACGGGCUUGUACCCCGACAUCCACGGGGUGGUGGGUAACAGUUACUUCAAUAAAUCAACAAAUAGUGUGGUUCAUAUUAAUUAUGAAAUGUUCCACUUUGAUGAGAAAGUUGUCCCGAUUUGGCGGCAAAACGAGGAUGCGGGCAAGGGGAGGCACUCGGGGGUUGUGAUGUGGCCAGGUGGUUGCUACCCCUAUCAAGGGAAACAAGUGACGUAUUGUAAAGAUUACGACCACAAUUUUGAUUGGUUUAAGCGCGUUGAUUUGGUGAUUGGGUGGAUCAAAGACCCGAAAAAGCCGGCUAAUUUAAUAAUGCUCUAUUUUGAUGAGCCAGACACUGAUGGACACAUUUACGGCAUUAACUCGGAUGUAGUCAAUAAGUUGAUAAAUAAAUUGGACAAUAUUACGCUUUAUUUGCAACAACAACUUGAAAAAAAUAAUUUGACGGGUAAAGUCACAGUGGUGCAUCUAAGUGACCAUGGGAUGUUAGAUGUGAAACCACCUAAUUUUAUCAACGUGACGCAAUAUUUAACACCUGGCACGUACACAUACGCUGGAUCAACGCCAGUUUUGCAGUUUCAUCCGAAAAAAGGAUUUGAGACUGAAGUUUAUCAAAAGCUGAAAAAUGCGUCCUCACAAGAUCAUUUUACAGUUUAUAAAAAAGAGGAAUUUUUACCACGAUGGCACUACAAGGACAAUCCUAGAAGCCCCCCGAUUUUAGUUUUAGCAGAGGUUGGAUACGGAUUAGAUGAUUUAAUAAUUUCCGCAAAACAAAAUGCGGAAAAGAAUCAUUACAAAUUAACAAAUCAGUCGACCUUUGGGGUUCACGGCUACGACUACACUGUCAAAGAAAUGCGCCCCUUUUUCAUGGCAAGGGGCCCGAAAAUAAAAGUCAAUCACAAGGUGCCCCCUUUUAACACUGUCGAUUUGUUUAACUUCUUUUGUGCGAUUCUGGAAAUUGCGCCAACUAAAAAUAACGGUUCGCUUGCAAAUGUUGAAGAUAUUUUUGUUGGAACAAGUGGGUAUUCACUGACGACUAUUCUCACAAUCACUGCGGGAGGUAUAGUCGUUUCGUUGAUUUUGAUUAGUUGCGCGGCUGUUUUAACGUUAAUGAUGAUCAAAAGACAGCAGAGUAUUACCACAACUGCUGCGUUAAAUAAGCGAUUUCCUCAGACUUUUCAAACGAGUAUUGAGGCACAACACUUGCUAGAACCAGAAGAUGCGUAAUUGAUUUGUGUAGUAAAUGACCAAAGAUUCCUAGUUACGGAGGACUAAAACUAAGAGGCGAAACGAUAAACAAAAUCACUUAAUUUUCCCUAGAUAAAAAAGGAUGUUUUAAAUUAAUUUUUAUUCAGACGGUCUUAAGUUCCUAAUAAACUACUAAAAUUUUCACGAAAAACGGGAAAAAACACGUGGGUACAAGUGAAAGUAAGCAAAAAAUUUUCAAAGGAAUGUCAGAAGGGACUACACUUUUAUCAACUGUAUUUCAGUUAAGAGUUAUUUACAACUACAAUUCAUUUUUUCUCAAAUAAUCUGAUACUUUCUGAACCACAAUUGGAAAAAGUGUAGUCUUUUGUUGACUGCACCCUUUCUUUAGUUUCUAUACAAAGUUUCACGAAUUACUUUGAAUAAUUUGCACUCCGUACUAAAAUUUUUAAAGACACAAAAAAGUGUAAGUUUAAAAUUAAAAUGUGCUCAUUUUUACUGGGAAGUUUAACUUUAAACCGCUGAAGUUCAAUUUUCUAGAACUUUGUACCUUAUAAUAGUUAUCUACUUGUUUGUUUGAUUUGUUUGCCGUUUACCUCGUAAUAUUUUUAGUCCUCCUUGGUCCUAUCUAAUUUUUAUAACCCAUUGUGAUUUACUGUGUGAUGUGUCGAGGCGGGACCUUGACAGUUUUUCGUGGUCAUAAUUUAAUUUACUACAGUUUAAAAGAAUUGUAUAUUGUAUGAUUUAUAAAAAUAAGAUAGGAUAGGAUUCAGUUUAUGCUCAAUUAAUUAAGUUUUUUAACCGCCCAUUAGUUUUUAAAAAUCAAAAUAUUUCUUUUAUUGUAUUUAGCAUUACUUAAUAACUUUACCGACUUAAAAAUUUCAAAAAGAGGUUGAACAUUUCAAGGAGAAUUAAUAUAAUCAUUAAUCAGAGAGUUUUUGUGGUCACAAUUUUUAUUUAGUUUUUAAACAUUAGAUUGUUACGAGUUAUUAGAAUAUUGUUGGUUUCUAGUCAUUUAAUAAAAUGAUAUGGAAGAAAUGUUAAAAAGACAUUAUUUUAGACAGAAAAAUAAUCAAAAAAUUGAGGCUCUUUCUUGGUUAUUUUUCUCUUAUUUUAAUACAUAACACAUUAAAUUAAAUUAGUAUGUUGCGUUGAUUUUGCGGAUGAAUCAUUUUUUCGCUUAUAAAAAUGUAAAUAUCUGUAUUAACCAAAAAUCAAGAAACAAAUAAUUCCAUUAUUAGAUUAUUACAUCUAAUAAUAUGGGGAUGUAUACAAGACAAUAUUUUUUGGAUCACUUCGUACAUUAUAUUAAAUAAAAAGGAAAGAAUAAAAAUUUAAAACUAGUCAAAAAAUUAUUAUUUAAAGGAGCAUUAAAUAUAGUUUAUUUAAAUUACUUCUAAAUAAGUGAGAUUCAGUAUGAAUGGUUUUUCGUCAGUUACCUGUCACUAGUUAAUACUCGUUCUUUCUAUUUUUUUUUCUGUACAUUAUACAAAAAUUAUAUUUUUAAGGGAAGCUACUUCGAAAAAUUACGGUUUUGUAGUGUUUUAUACAACACAACAGUUCUUUUAAAUACCACUUAAAAUUAUUAUACAAUUUGAAAAUGAACCUGAACUUCGUACCUAAAAAAUUCGACAAAGAUUAUUUUUGCAAAUUGAUCACAUUCUAUGGUAGUUUGCUUCUCACAGACGCAAAUAGUUUAAGUAGAAAACUCCCCAAAGAGUAAAAACGAUCUUAUGUAAAACAGCUCAAAUGUUAUGAUCUGCACACGUUAAAAAUACGAUUAAAAAGUUGGUGAAGAGAAGUUUUCCUACCACUGCAUGAAUUUGCCAAUUUUGAUUGUUCAUAUUUUUACAUUAAUGACAAAUUACAGUCAUAGUCAAGUUUGUUGUCAUUGUGAUAUGGUUUAGUGGAAACGAAAGUAUACUUAAUUUUCUUUUUUUAGAUUCAAGUAAAAUAGUAGGUAGGGUAUGAAUUUGUAUUUAUGAUAUAUUUGUUUAUCAGAAGUUUUACUCUAUGACGCCAUCUGACCGCAACAAUUUGAAAAAAAGCUGUACUUGCAUGUACUAACAAAUUGGCUGUUUGCCUGCUGCAUAUACGAAUGUAGAUAGCAAAAAAUCCCUUUUUUGCCAACAUAAAAUAAUUUUUUUCUCUUAAAGUCAAUUCUAUUUAUAAAAAAGGGAUUCCACUUCACAUACGCAUGCAUGUGUCAUUUUUGUAGCAUACUUUAUAUAAUUUCCGACUUUGAUUUUAUAGAAAAAACAAGCCACUAAACAUAGAACCAAAGUGAUCGUUUUUGCCAAAAAGGAAGUCUAAGUUUAGUAUAGAAAUAUAUACGUAUGACUUUCCAAUUAAAUGUGUGUACAUACAUACAAAUGCAUGUAACUUUCUGUUGUAAAUAUUUUGGGUGAUACUAGAUUUAGUUAUCUUUGGAAUUGUUGAAUAUUGUGUAAAAAUAAAUGUUUCGUUUGUA